GGGAAAAGGAAGAAGAAGAGAAUCGCCAGGUUCAUGCCACCCACCAAAAAUCUCGAAGGGCAAUCCCCAUCGCGAAGUCGUUCCUCGCCCACUCCGCCAAAGCCCGUCCCCGUCUCCCCGCCUCUGCAGCCGAUCCGCAGUUUUGGCUCGCGAUAGCGCAGCUGUCUGUCUGUCAGGAUGUCGGCGCCGUGCAGGUAUGCAGCCAGAGGUUGCGCGCGAUCCCUCCGCCCCGGCUCUAGCAGUUCCCUCCGCACAUCUGCCUCGCUCCUCCCGAGCGCAACCUCUCCGACACAGCGCCGGCACGGCUCGACAGCGGCAGCCGCCUCGAAUCCCAAGAUCGCCAAUAUCGUCGACCAGAUCAGCCAAUUGACCCUGCUCGAGACCGCCGACCUGGUCGCCAGCUUGAAGUCGCGCCUCAACAUCCCCGACCUACCCGUCGGAGGCUUCGCCGCUGCUCCGGCUGCAGCGCCGGCUGCAGCAGCUGCUGAAGAGGCCGAGGAGGCCGCGCCGGCGGCCCAGGAGAAGACGCUGUUCAGCUUGAAGCUGCAGGCGUUCGACGCGGCGUCGAAGGCGAAGAUCAUCAAGGAGGUCAAGGGCCUGCUCGGCCUGAGCUUGGUGGACAGCAAGAAGUUCGUAGAGAGCGCGCCCAAGACGAUGAAGGAAGGCGUGCCCAAGGAGGAGGCCGAGAAGAUCAUAGCCACCAUGAAGGGGCUAGGCGCCACCGUGACCAUGGAAUAACAGGUCGGCCUGGCACGAUCGGGCCUAAUCAAGCGAGAAGGCGGAGAGACAAUUCUUGCUCGCGCCAAGAGGGAAGAGAGGGGAGCUCGAAACUCGCGAGCGUUGCCGUGUGGGACUUGCACAUGUAACCUAAGGGAGCGAAAAACCUGUAUAACAAAAACACAAGAGAACAUACAAACAAGCCUGGCGAUGCCAGACACACUUGGGAGAAUCUCUCCACAAAAUAGGCGUUUCUGUAUGUUCACGUUUUGUGUCUAUUCGUAUAUACAUAUAAAUAGUCCGCCCCUGCCCCCUCCUCCAAAUCAAGAACCUUCGCCCCCUUUCCCCUC